UUUAGCAUCGACACGCCGAGGAGGGUUUUUUUCACUGAUCGUGCGAACUGGCAAACUACUCCCAGCGGAAGAUGGCGUUUGGGGUGAUGCUCACUGAAGCCGGAGCUCCACACCGGAUCUUACUAGCCAGAUAGCUAGGUCGGAAAGCAGGGAAUUAUGUUUGAGCUUUGAUCACUCGUCUGUCGGGCAUGGUGGGGUUAAUUUUCGGGGGGUAUAUUCACCCGUUUGCCUACAGACAUUUGCACAGCAGUUGUUAUUACUGGACUUUGCGAAGACUUCCCUUAUCCAGCCAGCCGUAGGAUACAGCUAGCGCCCAUAGCUCGUUGCUGACCCUGUGUGAGACAAAAAAAGUGGAUUAAAAUGUCGGAUACGAAGGUAAAAGUUGCUGUCCGAGUUCGCCCCAUGAACCGAAGGGAGAUUGAGCUCAGCACCAAAUGUGUAGUGGAAAUGGAAGAAAACCAGACCAUUCUGCACCCACCGCCUUCAAACGCCAAGGGGGACAGCAGGAAACAGACAAAGGUGUUUGCCUUUGACCACUGUUUUUGGUCUAUGGAUGAGUCCAAUGUCCCAAAAUACGCAGGUCAGGAGGUCGUGUUCAAGUGCCUCGGGGAGGGGAUACUUGAAAAUGCAUUUCAAGGAUACAAUGCCUGCAUUUUUGCCUAUGGACAAACAGGCUCUGGGAAAUCCUACUCCAUGAUGGGCAGUGGCGAUCAGCCUGGCCUUAUUCCGCGCCUCUGCUGCUCCCUGUUUGAGCGCGUUGGCCAGGAGGAGGGUGAUGCACACUCCUUCAAGGUGGAGGUCUCCUACAUGGAGAUCUACAACGAGAAGGUCCGUGACCUCCUGGACCCAAAAGGGAGCAGACAGUCUCUGAAGGUGAGAGAACACAAGGUCCUGGGCCCAUACGUAGAUGGCCUGUCCCAGCUGGCUGUGAUGAGCUUUGAGGACAUUGAGUCUCUCAUGUCGGAGGGGAAUAAGUCUCGCACGGUGGCUGCCACCAACAUGAACGAAGAGAGCAGCCGCUCACAUGCUGUGUUUAACAUCAUCAUCACCCAGACGCUCUACGACCUGCAGUCUGGGAACUCAGGUGAGAAGGUGAGUAAAGUGAGUCUGGUGGACUUGGCGGGCAGUGAGCGUGUGUCUAAGACUGGAGCAGCAGGGGAGAGGCUGAAAGAGGGAAGCAACAUCAACAAGUCUUUAACCACGCUGGGCUGUGUGAUCUCAGCACUGGCGGACCAGUCAGCUGGAAAGGGCAAGAACAAGUUUGUCCCAUACAGAGACUCAGUGCUCACUUGGCUGCUGAAGGACAAUCUGGGGGGGAACAGUAAGACGGCUAUGAUAGCCACGGUAAGUCCGGCAGCAGACAAUUACGAGGAGACGCUGUCCACGCUGCGCUACGCAGACCGCGCCAAGAGGAUCGUGAAUCACGCGGUGGUUAACGAGGACCCCAAUGCGCGCAUCAUCAGAGAGCUCCGCGAGGAGGUGGAGAAACUGAAGGUGCAGCUGUCCCAGGCUGAGUCUAUGAAGGCUCCUGAGCUGCAGGAGAAGCUCCAGGAGUCAGAGAAGCUCAUUCAGGAGAUGACCAUCACCUGGGAGGAGAAGCUCAGGAAGACAGAAGAAAUCGCACAGGAGCGGCAGAAGCAACUGGAGAGUAUGGGGAUCUCUCUGGAGUGCUCAGGAAUCAAGGUUGGUGAGGACAAGUGUUUCCUGGUCAACCUGAACGCUGACCCCGCCCUCAACGAACUGCUGGUCUAUUACCUGAAGGUGACGGCUCCUCCAGACACACCUCCUUCAGCUCCCGAGCACACGCUUGUGGGAGCAGACACCUCUCAGGACAUCCAGCUGUUUGGUAUUGGGAUCCAGCCGGAGCACUGUGUUAUUGACAUAACCCCUGAGGGCGAGGUCACCCUCUGCCCCAAAGAGAAUGCCAGAACCUGCGUGAAUGGAACAAUGGUUUACUCAACAGUUCAUGUUUGGCAUGGAGACCGGAUUUUGUGGGGCAACAAUCACUUCUUCAGAGCAAAUCUGCCAAAGCGAAAGCGGCGCGACCGUUUGAAAGAGCUGGAGCGUGAGUCGCCACGGGAGAGUUUUGUUGAGGCCGAUGUGGAGACGGCGAGUGAAGCGUCGUCUGAGCAGGACUACAGCUACGAGUUCGCUCAGAUGGAGGUCAUGAUGAAAACACUGGGCAGCAAUGACCCCAUGCAGAGUGUGGUGCAGGUUCUGGAGAAGCAGUACCUGGAGGAGAAGCGGACUGCUCUGGAGGAGCAACGGUUGCGUUAUGAGCGUGAGCUGGAGCUGCUCCGCCAGCAGCUCUCUCCAGAGAGAGCGUCCACGCACCAGCGCAGCAGCAGUGACCGUCUGCCCUUCCCAACGCAUAUCGCACAAAGCAAGCUGCGCCUGUGGACAGAGGAGAGGGAUGAGCUGUUCCGCCAGAGUUUAUCCCGGCUGCGGGAGCAGGUGGUCCGGGCCAAUGCACUAGUCCGAGAAGCCAACUUCCUUUCGGAGGAGAUGGGCAAACUCACUGACUACCAGGUCACACUGCAGAUACCCGCCGCCAACUUGAGUGCCAACCGCAAGCGCGGCGCGAUCGUCAGCGAGCCGGCUAUCCAGGUGCGGCGGAAAGCUAAAGGCACACAGGUGUGGACCAUUGAGAAGCUGGAAAACAAGCUGGUGGACAUGCGUGACCACUACAGGGAAUGGAGGGAAGGAGGCCAAGACACUUGUGUUCAACAGCAUAACAAGCAGGGAGAUCCAUUCUAUGAAGCACAAGAGAAUCACAACCUCAUUGGCGUAGCUAAUGUGUUCCUCGAGUGUCUCUUCCAUGAUGUCAAGCUUCAGUACGCAGUUCCUAUCAUCAGUCAGCAGGGGGAGGUUGCGGGGCGACUGCACGUGGAACUGAUGCGUGUGAGUGGACCAGUGCCUGAGCGACUGGCAGGCAGCGACGACUCCUCUGAGAACUCAAGCGAGAGCAGCAGCUAUGAGGUCAUGGACACUAAUGGGGAGAUCGUCCACAUGGCCAAGAAACUCACCUGCAGGGUGCGGAUCCGCGAAGCAACUGGGCUUCCCCUUAACCUGUCUAACUUCGUCUUCUGUCAGUACACCUUUUGGGAACAAGCGGAGCCAGCAGUGGCCCCUCCCAUGGUCAGCCCAGACACGCCCUCUCCUCAUACCACGGACUCACAGUUUACUGUGCUCUUCGACCACUGCAGAGACUAUGUGGUGCAUGUCACAGAGGAGUUCCUGGAGUUCAUCACUGAUGGUGCUCUGGCCAUCGAGGUAUGGGGUCACCGGUGUGCAGGAAACGGCACGUCCCGCUGGGAGCUGGACACACUGCAGGCCAAGACACGCACGCUUCGGGACAGGUGGAGUGAGGUGUCCCGUAGGAUUGAACUGUGGGUCUCCAUCCAGGAGCUGAAUGAGCAGGGUGUUUACUCCUCUGUGGAGCUGUACCCCACCAGAGACAUCAGCACAGGGGGGGUGUUCCAGAUCCGCCAGGGUCACUCCCGGAGACUGCAAGUGACUGUUAAACCUGUUCAGCAUUCUGGAACGCUCCCACUGUUAGUGGAAGCCAUUCUGUCUGUCUCUAUUGGCUGUGUCUCUGCCCGCUCAACCAAACUCCAGAGACCUCUAGACAGCUAUCAGAAGGAGGAGGAUGACGAUAUGGAUAGUUAUCAGGAAGAGGAUCUGAACUGUGUGCGUGAGCGUUGGUCUGAUGCCCUCAUCAAACGCCGCGAGUACCUGGAUGAGCAGAUCAAGAAGAUCAUUAACAAAUCAGAGAAGUCCGAGGAGGAUGUGGAGAGGGAGGCGCGGUUAGUAGAGCAGUGGGUGGGGCUUACUGAGGAGCGGAACGCGGUAUUGGUCCCAGCGCCAGGAAGCGGGAUCCCCGGGGCACCUGCGCAAGGGGUGCCCUCUCCUGGCAUGGAAGCCCACAUUCCUGUUCUCUUUCUGGACCUCAACGCUGAUAAUCUGACAGUGAGUGAGCAGCUCCCGGGUGUCCACGCGGCCGGGAUCAAUUCCAUCCUCCCCAAAGAGCAUGGCAGCCAGUUCUUCUACCUACCCAUCGUCAGACACAGCAGCGAGGAGGUGUGUGCGACCUGCUCGUGGGACUCCUCCAUCCAUGACUCCAUCUACCUGAACCGCGUGACCGCCAGUGGUGAGCGCAUCUACCUGAUUGUCAAGGCGACGGUGCAGCUCAGCCACCCAGCCUCCAUGGAGCUCGUCCUCCGCAAGAGGAUUGCUGUCAACAUCUACAACAAACAGACCUUCACGCAGAGUCUGAAGAGGCGGAUGUCUUUGAAAAGCAUGCUGCCCUCUUGUGGCGCCACCUAUGAAAUCGUGUCCAACAUCCCAAAGGCCUCAGAGGAGCCAGAGGAGAGGGAGACGCUGGCAUUGAUGGCAGCACGGGGGGAGCCUGAGGAGACACAAGAUGGGGAGACAUACAUCGAGAAAUACACCCGAGGAGUUCUGGAGGUGGCCAACAUCCUGUGUCUGGAACGACUCCGGCAGGCAGUGACGGUGAAAGAAACACUCUCAGUUAAAAGCAGACACAUACGGAGAAGCCUCAGCACUCCCAAUGUCCAGCAUACCUCAUGCUGUAAGUCGGAUGCUCUGUGCUGUGAGGACGAGGACGUGAAGGGACCAGGGGAGCUUCAGCAGGAUACCGUGGACUGCCAUUUCUCCGAGGCAGGCGUCUCCUCCACCCCCGCAAAAGACCCUCCCGCCAAAAACAGGGAGAAUCAUGGUACAGCCGCCGCCCAUGGGGGGUCCGUACCCGAGAGCCCCACGUUCUUCAUUUCCAGUCCGUUCAAGGGUCUCUCGCCUCAGCCGCCCAAGUUCCUCAAGGCCCUGAUGCCCGUCAGGGAGGAAAACAAAGCCAAACGCUCACUGGAGGCCCGUCCUCUGCUGGGACAGGAGAGCAUGCGCUGGCUAGUCGAGAGCUCAAUUUUGGCUUACGGGGGUCGCUGGCCCCGCCCCCGGGCCCAGAGUGAGGGCCACAACAGCAUGACAAACCACACCCCCAUCAUAACACAUACUGCUGAUUCAGAGGAGGAGGAGCCUGAGCUGCACCAGGGCCUCGGCCAUGCCAGUGUUCCAGACCUCAGUUCUCUCACACACCCGAAUGCCCAGCUGUACAUCCCCGAGGACUUUGCCAACUUCGAGGUGUACAACGCCAGUCUGGAGGGCCAAGAUGCCGCUCUGUGCAGGGGUGGAGACUUGUCAUCGGCCGUGGCCACGCCGGGCGUGCAUGAAAGCUGCGGAGCGGAGAAGGAAGUCCCGCGGAGCCCGACGGCCAGCAGCUGCACGAGCGGCUACUUCUCUCACAGCGCCUCCAACGCCACGCUGUCAGACACGCCGUUCACAGGCAGUGAAAGCUCGGACCAGCUAAGCGUCGGCUCCAGGGACCCUGCCGAGCACCAGCAGCACCCUGGCCCUGCAUGCAGAGCCCCCCCGCCCACCAGACAUGCCUUAAGCGGGGCAGCGUGCACCCAAUCCGGCCCCGGCCCGACCUCUCCUCGCUGCCCCGCGUCCUCCGUAGACAGAGCAUGCUCGCUGCAGCUCAGCGCAGGAGCCGCGAACACCAGCCAGGAGUUCAGUGACUUCAAAGGCGCCGGUGACGGUUUUGGUGAAGAGGAGCUGGGCCGCUUCGAGUCUGAGUGGCAGACGGAGCCGAACGGGUCACACACAUGUGCCAGGCUCGAGCAGGCCUCCCCGACGCCCCCGGCACACGCUGACCACUGUGUCUUCGCCCCACCGUGUCACCUCCAGAAUGGGAAAGUCUCUCUGUCCUCUCCCACACCCAGCACACAACCGCAUGGUGAUGACAGCUGCCCAGAGACAGAAAUGGCUGCUAAAACAUGCCAUGCUCCCUCGGGAGAGGAUGAGGAGGGUGGCCCUGUGGCCCAGCUUCCAGAUUGGAUGGCCCCUGGGGAGCAGGUGUGGGUGGGAGCAAGGAGCGGCACGGUGCACUACGUGGGUGGAGUCGAGUUUGCCCAGGGCAUCUGGGUUGGAGUGGAGCUGGACCAUGCCGUAGGCAAGCACAACGGCACGGUGCGGGGCCGGGUGUAUUUCCGCUGCGCCACAGGACACGGUGUGUUUGUCAGGCCCUCCUGGCUCAGCAGGGGCCCGCCGUCCACGGACUCAGACACGCAGCCCCAUCCGCUACUGCUGUAAGGCUGCACCACAGAUGCAUUAUGGGACGGAAGGCGUUUCCCCAGGCCCGAUGAAGUGGACUGCCGGAACGGACUUCACAAACCACCGUUCAGCUGGGAGUUGUAGCGUCACAAAUCAGAGCUGAUGUGGAGGCAGUCUGUUCUCUCAGUCCGGUUCUCUCCUUCACUGUAUGGGCUCCUUCCUUCCUCUUGCUGGUUUUGUGUGCUGUUUUCUCCUCUGUGUCACUCUCCUUCCAUCUCUUUCUCUUUUGUUGUCCCUGGACAAAUAUUGCCUGUGUAUUUUUUUCCCCAAAUGUAAGAUGUUUCACCAUCAUUCUUCUCUGAAUGUCAAAUGCACAGUUGCACAAUUUUAUAUCAUGAUUUAAGCUCAUCCUUCAAGGAAAUUUCCAUUUUGGCUUAUUUACCACUUUUAACAUGACUGAAACUAUUAAUCCUAAUGUUUAGCUAAUGAUAGUGUCCUUUCAUGAAGGCUAAAUAUGGAACUCUAUUGAAGUUGAGAAUGUACUACUGUUAUUGUUAACAUUUUUAUCUUUGUGUGAUUAUAUCAGGUGUUACCAAAGACAUGGCAAAUCUGCUGUUAAAACUGAAAUAUUUUGUUUUAGUUUGUGUGUGUGUGUGUGUCUGCGGAGAGUAAGGUUCUGACUUUCGCUAAGUGCCAUAUCUCUGAUUUAAUCGCCAGAAACACAUCAAAACUUCUAAGAUUGUGGUAGAUUUUGAGUUUUGGUGCCUUCGACAGCACGCCGCCUGUUUUUGUGUUGCAUUGCUGGCUUUCUUAGUACUGUAAAAAAAAAAAAAAACGCAAUGAGCUUCGGAAUCACUGCGCGCUUGCACUGGAGUGGCCUGGGCGCGUAUUUAGCUCACUCACAAAUGCUCACUUCUGCGCCGCCUUCGAUGGUCACCGUGAGACCGUGAAAAAACCUGAACUCUGUACUGUGAUCGGAUCGGAACGCUGUACAGAGAUCGGAUGCAUGAAGCACCUUGGUUUUGUUACGCCUCGGCAGUAAAGACGCCUAAUGCGCUCACACUACAGCGUGUGUGACCGGCGGGUGACCGACGUCUCUCAGUUGCUUUGACCUGUUUCACCUUUCCAAGUCAGCUAUGCUGGCGAUGUUGUUUUUUUUUAACAGUUUGUUUAAAUAAUGAGUAGUAUUUUGCUAGUUUUUAAUACUCAUGCAAAAAAAUGAAUAUAUUUUAUAAGUUGGAAUGGACAAAGAGGAGUUGAGCGACAUCAGGAAUUGGGAGAGACACGCAUACAACUUUCGUUGCCUGAAUAAUUCUGAAACGGUUAGACUCAUGGAAGUGGAUUGUAAUACUGUAAUUACGUGUCGAUGAAACAGACACAAGCCCUUACUUUAUAAGACAACUAAGCUGCUCUCCUUCAUGAGGAGUUGUACAUAUAAAUGUAUUUGAACAUAUAUAAUGUACAGAACUGUAUUUAUAUUGUAUCUCUACAAAAUGUACAAAAAAGGGUACAAAGAUGUUCCAGAAUACAACGUUUACACGAUGAA